AUGAGUAUCAAGGACGACAUUGAAAAAAGGACGAGCGAGAUCAGCUCCUUCUCCAAGGCCGAGCGCGCCCUCAUCUGGAAGCAGGACCUGCGCAUCCUGCCACUCUCCGCGUCCAUCUACUUCCUAUGCUUCCUCGACCGCGCCAACAUCGGCAACGCCAAGAUCCUCAACUACACCUCCCACAACGACAUGCUCACCGAGGUCGGCAUGAGCAGCGACCAGUUCGUGUACACCCUGCUCGUCUUCCUCGUCGCGCAUAAUGAGCGCAGUUUGCGCGUCGCCCUUAUCCUCGCCAGCGCCACCCUCGCUGGUGCCUUUGGCGGCGCCAUCGCCUACGGCAUUGGUCACAUGAAUCAGGCGAGGGGUAUGUCGGCCUGGCGUUGGCUCUUCAUCCUCGAGGGCAUCCCUUCCGUUGUCUCCGCCUUGCUCGUUCUACUCUUCCUGCCUGAUUUCCCCGAGCGCGCGCUGGCUGUCGCAGGCCGAGAAGGAUCUUGCCAUCGCCCGCCUCGAGACCGAGGAAGCAGUAGCGCCGACAAGUCCAUGACGUGGGCCGACGCAAAAGCCACGCUAACGGACUGGAGGCUGUAUGGGCACUACGCGGUGUAUUUCGCUGUCUCCAUUCCGUUUGCUUCCAUGUCCUACUUUACGCCAUCCAUCACUACGGGUUUGGGCUAUGUUGAUUUACAGGCACAGUUGAUGACUGUCCCGCCUUGGGUUGUCGGUUAUGAAUUAGUUGUCCAAAUUCUCGUUGCGUGGUCCGCAGACCACUUCAACGCUCGUGGCAUGCACGCCGCCGCCCUCGGUCUCGUCGGCGCCAUUGGCUACAUUGUGUCUGCUGUUCUGCCCCCGGACGCAUAUUUGAGUCGCUACGGAUGCUUGAUCCUCGCUCUUACUGGUGCAUUCUCGACAAUUCCUCCCCUGCUCGGAUGGCUGACGUCCAACGUCGUCAGUACAGCCUCCGUAGGUCUCGCCAUCGCCAUCAACGUGAGCCUCGGUGCCGGCUUCGGGCAGAUUGGAGGCAUCUGGAUCUACAAGGACUCGGAAAAGCUAAAGGGGUAUCCGUCGGGCCAUUGGACGAAUGCGGCCAUGAUGCUGGUCGUGGCCAUUGGCGCCGCCGGCUUACCGGAGCUGUGCGCUGUGACGGUGCGCGUGAUCUCGUCGCCCAAGUCGGCCUACCGCUUCGGUAUCUUCUUACCGACGGAGUGGAAUUCGCGGUUUCUGACGGUGGGUAAUGGUGGUUUUGCUGGCGGCAUUAACUGGCUGGACAUGGGCCCAGGUUCCAACUAUGGCUUCGCAACCAUAUCCACCGACACGGGCCACAACUCCAACUCAUCCGACCUAGCCUGGGCGCUAGGAAACGAGCAGAUGCGCAUCGACUGGGGCUGGCGCGCCAUCCACGGCAGCGUCACGCUCGGCAAGGAAUUUGUCCGGGCCUACUACGGAGAAGGGUCCAGCUACUCGUACUACAGCGGAUGCUCGACCGGGGGCCGCCAGGGCCUGCGCGAGAUACAGGAAUUCCCCGACAGCUUCGACGGGGCGAUGAUCGGGGCGCCGGCGUGGGACCCGACGCUCAUGAACUCGUACGUGACGCAGGUGGGCAUGUACAACCUGCCCGCCGACGACCCCAAACACAUCAAGAAGGAGAUGCUCGAGGUCAUCGCCGCCGAGGCCGUCAAGCAGUGCGACCCGCUCGAUGGGGUGCAGGACGGCAUCAUUAGCGCGCCGGAGCUGUGUGACGUCGACUACACGGCGCUCUCGUGCGACCGCAAGGAUAUCGCGCCCGACAGGUGUCUGACGGGGCACCAGAUCCACACGAUUAACAAGAUGUACGGGGAUUUCUACUCUCCCUGGGCGACCGUCAUCGGGGCCGAUAAGCCGUCGGCGUUUGGCUACGAGUUCCAGCGCUACUUUGUCUACGACGAUCCGGAUUGGCCGUGGGAAGGGUUCAACUUUUCGGUGCUGGAGGAGACGGUGCGCCGGAAUCCCGGGCAGGCGCGCGCCGCGAGGUACGACUUGUCCGAUUUCAAGGCGCGCGGCGGCAAGGUGGCGCUCUACCACGGCAUGGCGGACGGUCUGAUCCCCACGCGCUCCUCCAAGCUGUACUACGACCGUGUGUCCGAGGCUAUGGGGCACUGUUGGACUACCGUCGUGGACGCGCCGUGGCACUUUGCCGGUGCUUUCCAGGCCGGGGCCGUCGGCAACGAGACGUGGUCCGUUCCGGGGUUCAGCGAUCCGCAGCACGAUAUGCUCCUCGCCUUGAUGGAUUGGGUGGAGAAGGAUACCCCCAUCGAUUCGGUCAUCGCCACCACGUGGGAGACGGCCAACGACACUUCCUCGGGCGUGCUACGGCAGCGGCCUAUUUGCGCGUUUCCCGAAAAGGCGGUGCAUGACGGCAAGGGAAACAUUAAUGAUGCAUCGAGCUGGAGGUGUGGAGAAGAGGAUGAUAGUGCGGCUCUGGAUGAGACUACUGUAGGUUUCUUUGGGACUGCCGUCCUGGACAAGAUCCGAAACCGCCAGAUGGAAACCGUCUCGACAUAG